UGUGGUGUUUGCGAGAUCAAGCCUGGCAAAUACAAGUGCUCGCGGUGUCGGCUUCCAUAUUGUUCAGUCCCAUGCAGCAAAACCCAUCAGCAAAACCACCCUCCCGAUGCUCCAAAGCAAGAAAAGCCAGCAGACCAGACCCCAAAUGCGCCUCCUCCACCAGCAGCAGCAGCAGCACCCAUCGAUCCCUCAAAUCCCUUCAGCGCCCUCGCCACCUCAGACAAGCUCCAGCUCCUCUUCAAGAAAUACCCAAACCUGCCAAACCAGCUGCUCGAGAUCCACAAUGCCACCCAGCCCCCGCCAGAAUCCCCAGACGCCGCUUCCAAAGCCAUACCGGCCUCCCUGAUGAAGGGUCUCCCCGCGAAUAGUUACCACAACGGUGUCAAGGGCCAGUGGAACCACGACAUUGGCAUCAAGAACGGCAAGGCUGCGCUGCGAAGGGCGAGAAAGGCGAGCGGCGAGGACGGCGAGGCGAUCCGCGAGUACACGGAGCUGAUACUGCAUAUUAUGAACCAGACAAAUGAUAGGAACGAUGCUGUGGCCUAUGUGCAGCGCCAGAUUGCCGAGCAGGACACUGCUCUCAUCGAGCGUCUG